AUGCCUCGAUCUCCUUCUACUCCUAGACGAGCUUGCUCGAUUUCAUUGGACGCACCGUAUCCAACCGGUCGAAAUUCAUCGAGAAGACGACGAGGAAUCAGGCCGACGACAUGUCAAAACUGCGGGUGUGGGGAGGGUGGCACGAACAUGUGGCGUAGUAAUCCUGAUCCGCAACGCAUUGCAGAAACCAGAGAUAAUAUGCUAUGCAAUGCAUGUGGACUCUGGAGAAAAGAGCAUGAUGUUCAUCGUCCUCCUGCCUGGUGGGGAAGAAGAAGAUCUUCCGCUUCACCAAGCCCUUCAUCGACCUCAUCGGCUACGUCCUUUCACCCUCGUCUUGACGUCAGACGAAGAAGAUCAAGAAGGGGAGCCAACCAAAGACCUUCCUCUCCUUCACCUGCUCCGAAUGACAAGGAAUUAGGUCAGGACGAGAUGAAAGAAGUAGCGGAAAUGCUGCUUGGCUUGAGGAUGCCCAAGGAGGAAAAACAGGUCCACCUAGCUCAACACCUCCGAAUGCCCUCUCCUUUAUAUGACCGUCCAGCAUGGCUCUUCAACCGACCACCGCCGCCUGUCUCUGCUGUACCGCCUCCAAAGGGAUUCCUCCCACCAUCCGUAGCUCGAUCUUUCGUUCCGAUUGACGAGCUCUUAAACCCGUCUCAAGCAGGACGUUCAGGUCGAUUGCCUACCGCAAAAGUCGAUAGACACGUUCGUUCUAAGUUGUAA